AAAAACGGAACAAAGCCGUCACAGCAUAUCCUGGAGUCAAGAGAGCAUUUUGACGUACCACAAACAGCAAAGUUCAAGGAAGAUCCAGGAGAGAGGCUUAGGGGGCCGUGAUGAUCCUUCCGUCCCUGGCCCUGCUCUGUGUUGGGCUGUGUGUUGGCCAAAGAGAGUGGACAAUAGAUGAGUCACUCCCCAGGCCCUCCAUCAGUGCCAGGCCCAGCUCGGUGGUUCCUGCUCAGAAUAACGUGACACUGCGAUGCUCAGCUCCUGCCAGGGGGGUCCGGUUUGUUUUCUUGAAGGGAAAGUAUUCGGGGGACACCUUGGGAUUUGCUAAUUCCCCAAAGGUCCAGGAGGAACUUCGUCUCACUGAUGUAUCACCCAGUGCUGCUGGGGAGUACACCUGUCAGUAUUACAGAAGAGCGAGCCCCAGCAGAAGGUCACCACCCAGUGAUGUCCUUCUGCUACUGGUGACAGGACGUUCACCUAAACCUUCCCUCCAAGCCCACCACGGGGGCAACGUGACUGCAGGGGCAAACGUGAGUCUUCAGUGCCAGCAGCCCAGCCAUGCGACUGACUUUAACAUGUUUGCUCUACUGAAGAAAGGCACUCCUAUGCCCACACAGCUCCGGAGUCAAGAAGGGGGGGAGACAGACUUCACCCUUCAAAGUGUGACUGUCGGUGACACUGGGAACUACAGCUGUGUGUACUACCAAGCAAAGGCUCCUUUCUGGGCCUCAGAGCCCAGUGAUCAGCUUGAGAUCUGGGUGACAGAGUCCUCAGGCACCAUAGAAAGAGGUAUCACCGUGGGUAACCUCAUCCGACUGGGUCUGUCUGCUAUAAUGCUGGUUCUUAUGGGAGCUUUCCUGGUGGAAGCCUGGUGGGGUCAAAAAGGGAACAGUAAAUUAGGAUAUUUACCUAAACCUACCUUCCUGGCUCAGAUGAGGCCUGAGGUGGCAUCAGGAGAAAACAUGACUCUGCAGUGCCAGAAGAAAGACCAUGUGAUUGCAUUUAUAUCUGCUCUGAUGAGGGAUGGGAUUCCAGAGCAUAUAGACAUCCAGAGACUAUCAGGGAACAUGGCUCAAAUGUGA